CUUUAAAUACUAAUAAUGAAGAUACUCCACUUCAAGUCAAGUUGAAUGACCUCGCUGAACAAAUUGCAAAAUUAGGAGGAGCUGCUGCUUUGUUAAUGCUUAUUGUUCUCUUAAUUAAAUAUUUUAUUUCUUUCCGUAAUCAUGUACCGUCAACAGCACAAGCAAUAAGUGAUUUGGUAAGAGUAAUUAUUUCAGCGGUCACUGUUGUGGUCGUUGCUGUACCUGAAGGCUUACCUCUGGCUGUAACACUUGCUCUCGCUUAUGCAACAACACGUAUGUUAAAGGAUAAUAAUCUUGUACGUGUUCUAGCAUCUUGCGAAACAAUGGGUAAUGCUACUACCAUUUGUUCGGAUAAGACUGGAACAUUAACACAAAACCAAAUGACCGUCGUAGUUACUACUAUUGGAUCAUCAGAUACAUUUGCUAAAAAU